AUGCCCAUCGGCCCUGCACAAAACUCAUGGCCGCAGAUCUCCCGGGUCAGAAAAAUAGUCAACCUUCCACGAAACGCCAUUCCCGAGGACGAUCGUGAACGCCAACCGCGAGCCUCACCGAAGCCACCACCGGCAAGAGCCGAUGCAGGCGUCACUAAGGCGUUCAAGGCCAGCCAGAAAUUCCCCUAUUUCUCGGAACCUGAGUCUCUCGACUCUCUCUAUAUUCCGAUCGCGAGCCCCAGCGAUCGACGAUCGCCCCUCCUGGAUUCUACCAGCCCUUCCGGGGGCGUACCUGGCGAUCGAGAUUGGGCUUUGAGCGGAUCCUCUUUCGGUCAACUCACCAACGUCAACGAUCCCGAUUUCUACGUAGGUGUGAGGGAUCCAUCCGCCAAUCUGGCGACCCUAGCAGUGCCGGCGGGAAUGGGGACAGCGUUAGACGCGCUGUCAGCCCCGCCGUUGAACAUUCGUCGUCCAGCGGCCCCGACAUUACCCAGCUUUGAGCUCCCACCACCACCGUUCACGUUGGGUGCGGCCCCGGCAGCACCCAAGUACGGACAUCCCGCCCACCCCCCAGUCUCCCACGCGCCAGUGAAUGUGAGCGUGGGAAACCUACUAACGCCACCCGCCACAAUUCAAACAGGGGAGCACGCCACACCCCAACCCUUGGCGCCAUCAACAGGCGCGUCCUCCGAGCUACCACCGGCAUAUUGGUCAGGGGCCAAUCCAUACGGACAGUCCUGGGGAUCCGGGGUAAAUCAAUACUCAGCCCGCAGUUCCUUUUCGCCAUCCGGUAUGCAGCGCUCAUCCGUAAUAUCACCGCCGACGACGGAUGGGUUGCCGCACCCAUAUGAAGGCUCGACAUUAUCUUACCAAGCUUUACCCGCCCCAUCAUCCAUGCCUCCCUCCGCCUCACAACCUGCCAUGGCUAUGUACCAUGGGGGACCCGCUACAUCCCCAGCUCCACUACCCUCCAACGAUCCAUAUGCCCCCAAACACCAGCAUAUGUAUGCCGCUUCUCCUCCCAUGCACAGUCCCCACCAGGCCGGCUUCUCUCCCAUGUAUGGCCCCGCAGGGCUUGGCAUCCACCCUCCAGGCCGAAUGCCUGUUCAUAGUCCAUCAGCUGGACAACCACCGUUGGGAUAUCCCCGCCAGCCGUGGCCCUCAUAUUCUCUCCCAGCGAUGAACGGUCCCGUCAUGACCAACGUACACAGCCCCGGUGGGCCCAUGUCGAUGAUGGGUGGAAUGCAACCCGGGCUUCUACCGGGAUUCAAUAGUGGACAUGUCGCCAGCUCUCAACAUUUAUACGGGGGCCAUCCGCCACCGCACGGCAUGUCCGCCCCCGCAGCGGACCGACCUUUCAAAUGCGACCAAUGCCCCCAGAGUUUCAACCGCAAUCACGAUCUCAAGCGUCACAAACGUAUUCAUUUAGCCGUGAAGCCUUUCCCCUGCUCGCACUGUGACAAGAGCUUCUCGCGCAAGGAUGCUCUUAAGCGACAUAUCCUUGUGAAAGGCUGCGGAAAGGACGGCGAUUCGGACGCGAACAGCAACCAAACUGGGGCUGAUAUCAAGGGUGAAGGCCGGAGUGAAGACGGCAGCCCCAUCCUCAAUGGACGAGUUUGA